ACAUGAAACUUAAAGAAAAGAAAAGAAUCGACUUGUUGGAGAAAGAUGCAGUAAACAGUUAUUCAAAUGCAUCAGUUUCAUUACGAAAAUACAGGGCGAGAGCUAUAUCUAGUGACGACGGAAGUUAUUCUCAUGACGCAGAACAUAGCUUACAUGAUCAAGUCGAAAAAGUGACAAAGGAGGUUGGAAAACUUCAAAAUUUCUUGGAAGAGAUUAAACAGGAUAUCAAAGACAUAAAGUCAUAUAAGCAGAGAGUAUUACUAGUUGAACUUCCUAAGGGUAUUCCUAGUGGAACACAUGUUCCAGAGGAGGUCCCAAUGUUUCAACAAACGUCAUAAACAAUUACAUAAUUCUAUUCUCAGUCAGGAACAGCCUGUACCAAAUCUGGAAUACAGCAGUCGUUUAAUGUGUUUUAACCUUUGAGUUUGUCUUUUGUAAAUAUAGUUUUAUUUUUGAAUUUUUC